AUAAUGCGGACGGAAGGGGCAGAGCCGGGGUAUUACACAGUGACAGAGCACAGGAUUGCGGUGCGGACAGCAGUUCAGUUCUUUCUCUCCGGGAUCUCACCCGUUGAUCUCCUUCGGCAAUCUCCGGAUCCUCACAAUGACCUUCAAUGAGCAGCCAUGGAUUUUCCUUCCUUGCGGACGGAGGGGCAAUUAAAGCUGCAAUUAAAGCCGCGAUCCUUUGCCUGAGUCAGGUGAUCAGCUGGGCUAGGGGGGUCGCUGCCUCUGCACAAGCUUCUCAUUGGGGGUCGCCGCCCGUCGUUCACCUACACAGGGGGAUCCCCUCGUCUUGUGUUUAUUAAAGGGACUUCUCCCAUUCGGAUCCUAUAGGUUCUGCUGCUUGUGGAUUGUGUCCCUAUUCAUUGUGGAUUUUGUCCCAAUUUAUUGUGGAUAUUUUUCCAAUUUAUUGUGGAUUUUAUCCCAAUUUAUUGUGGAUUGUGACCCUAUUCAUUGUGGAUUUUAUCCCAAUUGAUUGUGGAUUUUAUUCCAAUUGAUUGUGGGUUUUAUCCCAAUUGAUUGUGGAUUUUGUCCCAAUUUAUUGGGGAUUGAGACCCUAUUCAUUGUGGAUUUUAUCCCAAUUGAUUGUGGAUUGAUCUGAAACAUGGAGACUGUUAUAGAGAAGGAAUGCAGUGCUCUGGGGGGGCUCUUCCAGACCAUCAUCAGUGACAUGAAGGGAAGUUAUCCAGUCUGGGAAGACUUUGUAAACAAAGCAGGAAAGCUUCAGUCGCAGCUCCGGACCACAGUGGUUGCGGCUGCAGCAUUCUUGGAUGCAUUUCAGAAGGUAGCUGACAUGGCCACCAAUACUCGUGGUGCCACCAGGGAAGUGGGUUCUGCCCUUACCAGGAUGUGUAUGCGGCACCGCAGCAUCGAGUCCAAGCUCAGACAGUUCUCCAGUGCUCUGAUUGACUGUCUGAUCAACCCACUGCAAGAGCAGAUGGAGGAGUGGAAGAAGGUUGCUAACCAGCUGGAUAAAGACCAUGCAAAGGAAUACAAAAAGGCACGACAGGAAAUCAAAAAGAAGUCAUCGGACACACUGAAACUGCAGAAGAAAGCCAAGAAAGGUGAAGGUAGAGGGGAUAUACAGCCACAACUAGACAGUGCCCUGCAAGAUGUCAAUGAUAAGUACCUGCUCCUGGAAGAGACGGAGAAGCAGGCGGUGAGGAAGGCGCUGAUUGAGGAACGCAGCCGAUUCUGCUCCUUUAUAUCCAUGCUGAGGCCCGUCAUUGAGGAGGAAAUCUCCAUGCUGGGUGAGAUAACUCAUCUACAGACCAUAUCAGAAGACCUGAAAAUGCUCACUAUGGAUCCUCACAAACUGCCUUCUGCAAGCGAACAGGUGAUCCAUGAUUUGAAAGGCUCUGACUACACUUGGUCUUACCAGACUCCACCAUCUUCCCCAAGUACGACCAUGUCUCGGAAAUCCAGCGUAUGCAGCAGUCUGAACAGCGUUAACAGUAGUGACUCCAGAUCCAGUGGUUCUCAUUCCCACUCACCCACUUCACACUAUCGCUAUCGCAGCUCCAAUCUGCCCCAGCAGCCUCCCAUGCGGCUGUCCAGCGUCUCCUCCCAUGAUUCCGGAUUCAUUUCUCAGGACGCCUUUCAGUCAAAGUCUCCGUCCCCCAUGCCUCCCGAAGCUGUCAAUCAGAAUUCCUCCAGCUCUGCUUCCUCAGAAGCCUCCGAAACCUGCCAGUCUGUGAGUGAGUGCAGCUCCCCCACUUCUGUGAGUUCCGGGUCUACCAUGGGAGCGUGGGCUUCUACUGACAAGUUAUCUAAUGGGUUUUGUCACUAUAGUGUGCCCAUUGAUAUGGCGCCUGUCAGUGCAAGUCCCUCCUCUCAUUUCCCACUUCCCGCCUCCCGCCCCUGGACCCGCUCUAGCUCCACCCUCCCAGAAUGCCAUCACUAUUACACCAUUGGGCCAGGCAUGUUACCUUCAUCUAAGAUCCCCAGCUGGAAGGACUGGGCUAAGCCAGGUCCAUAUGACCAGCCAAUGGUGAACACCCUUCAGCGACGCAAACGUGAGGCUGAGCCAUCAGGAGGAGCCUUAAUUACUACUCCAGGACACCUCGAUGAGCCUUCCGUUCCCAGGAACUCUCAGAACACCCCAGUAUCUGCAGCAUUCAGGCAAGGAGAAGAAACAGAGGCGACCAAUGAAGAGCUUGCGCUUGCCCUGAGCAGAGGUUUGCAACUGGACACUCAGAGGAGUAGCAGGGACUCUCUACAGUGUUCUAGUGGAUAUAGCACCCAGACUACUACACCCUGCUGCUCGGAGGACACUAUCCCUUCCCAAGUUUCAGAUUAUGAUUACUUUUCUGUGAGUGGCGACCAGGAGGGGGAGCAGCAAGAUUUUGACAAGUCGUCCACCAUCCCAAGGAACAGUGACAUCAGCCAGUCCUACAGGAGGAUGUUCCAAGCCAAGAGGCCAGCCUCAACAGCAGGUCUUCCAGCCAACUUCGGCCCAGUUAUAGUCACUCCUGGCGUGGCUACCAUCAGAAGGACCCCAUCCACAAAGCCAUCUGUUAGGCGUGGAACCAUAGGAGGGGGUCCUAUUCCAAUAAAAACACCGGUUAUUCCAGUUAAAACACCUACAGUGCCCGAUCUCCCGGGUGGGCUACCUAGCAGCCCAAGUGAAGAUUACGGAGAGCAAAGUCCUGAUUCUCCGCGUGCUACAGAAAGUUCGACACUGACCAGUGACAUGCCUUCUUCUCUGUGGAGUGGCCAAGCCUCGGUGAACCCUCCUGUUCCAGCAACACAAGGCCUUGUCCUUGAAGAGCAAAGGCAAACAAGGUCAGAAAAUGAUGAAGAGGAAGGUGAGCAGGCCAACUCGCCUACAGCUGAUCCUACAGCUCAAGCAGAACCAGAACCUGGGGAGGCAGUUCAAGGAGAGAAUAUGCUGCACUCAAUACGCCGCGGAGUCAAACUGAAGAAAACCCUCACAAAUGAUCGCUCGGCUCCUCGGCUGUCCUAGAUCUGGGACUAUUCCCAGGAAGGGAGCGUUGGCCAAGAAAUAAACUUCACCCUGACACUUAUUUGUCUUUUAUCCAUUCCAGUUUGUGAUUGAAAUACUGUGGCGAUACCCAGCGGUGGGUCCGAGGGGAAAUAGAGAACUGUAGCAUUACCACAAACAGGACUGCGUAGAGAAGCAGCGUUAAUAUUCGUCGUUGUACCUGUUCUGUAAAUAGUGAUCUUCUUUCUGCACAUCCCUAAUCCCUCCGAGAUAAUUUCUUCCUUAUUAAACGUUUCCAUAAGGUGCCAAAUUCCCAUUUGAAUUUUAUAUAUAAGUCUUUGUAAAUUUGAAACGCUUCGAGAUGGAAAAGGCGACGUUCCUUCGGCGAAAAAAAAGGACUGGUAUGUUAUUGGCAUUUAUUUGCACCCUUGGGAAGAGCACAUUCGUUAUCACAGGACAAUGACAUGUGAAAUUGUGUUAUUUCUCUUAUUCAGUAAUUACAUUCACCAGGAAUAAGCCACCUUUGUCUCUCCAGCCAUUGCCCAUUAUCUCCCUGCCAGUACCAUUCCAAUGAGGAACACUCUGGAACAUAUUUUACCAUGCACCCUCACAUCUUACCUGUGAAAACCUUUCAGAAAACCCCAAAACAACUGAGAAGACAAGAGAAAACAAUAGGAAUUCCCCAAAAAACUUUAAAUGGUAUGAUCCAGACAAGGAGUCUGUUGUUUUACAUGGUAUGAUCCAGACAAGUAGCCCAUUGUCCUACAUUUUUUAAUGGUAUGACCCAGACAAGUAGCCCAUUCUCCUACAGUUUUACAUGGGAUGAUCCAGACAAGUAGCCCAUUCUCCUACAGUUUUACUUGGUAUGAUCCAGACUAGUAGCUCAUUCUCCCACAGUUUUACAUGGGAUGAUCCAGACAAGUAGCCCAUUCUCCUACAGUUUUACUUGGUAUGAUCCAGACAAGUAGCCCAUUCUCCCACAGUUUUACUUGGGAUGAUUCAGACAAGUAGCCCUUUCUCCUACAGUUUUACAUGGGAUGAUCCAGACAAGUUGCACAUUCUCCUACAGUUUUACAUGGUAUGAUCCAGACAACUAGCCCAUAGUUUUACAUGGUAUGAUCCAGACAAGUAGCCCAUAGUUUUACGUGGUAUGAUCCAGACAAGUAGCCCAUUCUCCUACAGUUUUACAUGGGAUGAUCCAGACAAGUAGCCCAUUCUCCUACAGUUUUACAUGGUAUGAUCCAGACAAAUAGCCUAUUCUACAGUUUUACAUGGUAAGAGCAAGCAGCCUGUUCUCCUACAGCUUGAAAUGGUAUGAUCCAGACAAGUAGCCCAUUCGCCUACAAUUUUACAUGGGAUGAUCCAGACAAGCAGCAUGUUCUCCUACAGUUUGAAAUGGUAUAAUCCAGACAAGCAACCUAAACAUAGGUUUAAAUCUGUAUCAUACCAAAAGGCUGGCUCUGCUGGGGGAGGUUGAUUGAAGCUAUAAACAAGCAAUGGCUAUGAGGAACCAUGGUGGCCUAACCUGUCCAUCUAUAAGUCAUUUUUUAUUGUUUUUUUUUUUUUCCUCUUAUUAAAGCAGUUGUUCUUAAUGAUUACUGAUUACAAGCAAUAUAAUCGUUUGACUCUGUAGAGCAUGUAACAAGGGGUUUUGGGGGAUCAAGAAUGCCACCGUGACCCAUGCUGUUAUCUGUACAUGACCUAGAUAUCGUUGAUAGUCCGCCAUCUUUAGACCCGCGUCACAAUAAGCCAUAGUGGGUUGUAGUGUUUUUGUUUUAGAUUUUUCCGAAGAUACUUUCUCCCCCUAUGAAUUUAAUGUCAGUAGCCCUUGUUUUUAAAAUGUUCUCCCCUUCGUUUUAGACAUAAGACUUUUGUUUUUUUAGUUUUGUACAGCGGGAGCCAAGGAAUAUUGCAGAGCAACUUCCAUUUGACUCUUUAAUUCUUUUAUUGGUUCCAAACACUUGCGUUUAUUUCUACUCACCAUUUACUGACUCCAGGAACACAUAGAGAGAUGGGCAAUUCUACGGCUAAACAGCAGCAGGGAGAACUGAGGUGUUGCUUCUCUUCUAUAUGUGCCCAGCUGGCUGGGCGGCUUUACUUCAUACUCAACAAAAAUCUUUUUAAUAAAGAGUUUAAAAAAAAGGGGGGAUAUUGUGUUCCCCAAUUUGGCCAAGACUGGUAAAUAGAAGAAAGGGAAAGACUGUUUAGUGUUAAUCGAUGUGACUUCUCCCCAAUCCUGUAUUCAUUGUCAUGUGUUAUUGGAAUGUUUAUUUGAUGGAAAUAGUAUUAUAGGCAUUUGUUUCCUUGGGAAGAAAAAAAAAUAUAUAUGAAACUUUACUGUUGUACCAAUAAAGGUUGUUCUUUUUGGUC